AAAUUAUUCAGUGAAAAGGCAAAUUCUAAAAUCCCUUGAACUGAAAAAUGCCAAUUCAUAAAUUUACACUCGGGACUCCGGGAGAGGCGAGCCAACCCGACGCGAUAAAGGCCGCAUUUGCCGAAUUCUUCUCCAUGAUCAUAUUUGUUUUCGCCGGACAAGGAUCCGGCUUGGCUUUCAGUAAGCUAACGGACGGUGCAUCCGCGACACCGUCGGGGCUGAUAAUCGCAUCUCUUGCUCACGCUUUUGCGUUAUUUGUGGCGGUUUCUGUCGGAGCCAAUAUCUCCGGGGGUCAUGUAAAUCCGGCAGUUACAUUUGGUGUACUCGUUGGUGGAAACAUAUCGUUUUUUAGAAGCAUCUUGUAUUGGAUCGCUCAAUUGCUUGGUUCUGUUGUUGCCUGCUACCUUCUUAAAUUUGCCACCGGUGGCCAGGCCACACCAGCAUUUUCCUUGUCAUCAGGAGUUUCUGUAUGGAAUGCAUUUAUUUUUGAGGCAGUGAUGACUUUUGGAUUAGUGUAUACAGUUUAUGCAACGGCAGUAGAUCCCAAGAAGGAGAAUGUGGGCAUAAUUGCACCAAUUGCUAUUGGUUUCAUUGUGGGUGCUAACAUUUUGGUUGGUGGUGCUUUUGAUGGCGCUUCCAUGAACCCUGCAGUCUCCUUUGGCCCUGCUGUAGUCAGCUGGUCGUGGACUAAUCACUGGGUCUACUGGCUUGGUCCAAUGGCUGGUGCGGCCAUUGCCGCCAUUGUCUAUGACACCAUCUUUAUCUGCGAUGCCAUGCAUGAGCCUCUUACACAGUACAAUGAUUUUUAGAACCAUUGCCCCUAGCCUAGAAGAUGUACUGGAGAGAAUGCCUUUGGGACAAGCAGAUGGAUUUUGAGCUGCAAUUUCGGACUGAAGUUUUUUUUUUCCUUUCAACUUCUGCUUGUCAAAUCAGGAAUGUUUUUUAUUAUUUUUUUCCCUCGUUCAACAGGGUAGAUUCCUUUUCUUUAUAUUUUUUGGGUUGAUGUCCCAUUGAAGAUUUUGUUUAACAAAGAAUCAGUCAGAGAUUAUAUGGAUAGCUUAUUUUAUUCCAAAGACUUUUUAUC